ACGGACCACCCGCUCGCCUGCUGAAGUCACUAGCAGGCAGACACAGUCUGGCGAGCCUCUCACGCGGAUACAGGGCAAGCGAACUCUGCAAGACACCACACCAUCGCCAGGUUACGCAUCAUGUGUGACAACAAUACAGUCUAGUGGGUGUUGUGUUAUUUUGUCUAUCGUGACGCAGUAUUUUUGGAGGACGAAUUGCCGAUCGUUAUAGAAGUGCACGCCGUUGCGUCUGUCCACGAGGGGUAGCUGUUUGAAACUCGACGUUGCGCUGAGGUGCAUGUGAUAAAAUUCACUUUAUAGUAUUGUACCAGCCUGGAAAGCGGAGAUUUCCACGGACGGAAUAGUGCAGCCGCCAAACUGUACCCAGCAACAGCAUUCUUGCCCAUUCGAAGAAGAGUCCGCGAUGGAGGUCUUCGCAGAGCUGGGAAUCCGCCUGGCGAGCAGUUCUCUGAAGUCGGCGCAGCAUUUUCUUUCACGUCGGAGCACUCCUAUAAAGAGAUCAAGAAAAGAGAAGACGGAGUCCGACGACGGUUGGAGACUGAGUCCUUAUGAAGACCAGGGUGACAACGCCAUUGUAGAUUGUUCCUCCAACUAUGACGGGCAUGGAAGGAAACGGUAUAUUGAAACACGAGAUUCACAACGGAUUGGUACCAAUGAAUGGAAAUCAGAAUGGAACAUCUGGAAGGUCAUCGCCAAAUGGUGGCGGUGGCAGUGGGGGUGAUCCAGCACCAGGAAAGCUAUUUGUUGGAGGUCUCAGCUGGCAGACGUCAUCAGAAAAGCUGAAGGAAUAUUUUGGGAUGUUUGGAACUGUUACAGAUGUUUUGAUUAUGAAAGAUCCAGUGACACAGAGGAGCCGUGGCUUUGGUUUCAUCACAUUUGAGGAUCCACAGACUGUUGAGAAAGUGCUCAAAGUACCAAUACACACACUGGAUGGCAAAAAGAUUGAUCCAAAGCAUGCUACACCGAAGAACAGGGGCAAAGUCACCAACCGGACCAAGAAAAUAUUUGUAGGUGGUGUGAGCCAAGACACAUCAUCUGAUGAAGUGAAAGCAUAUUUCAAUCAGUUUGGAAAAGUCGAAGAAACUGUAAUGCUGAUGGACCAGCAAACAAAACGUCACCGAGGAUUCGGUUUCGUCACGUUCGAAGAUGAAGACACGGUAGACCGUGUCUGUGAGAUUCACUUCCAUACCAUCAAAAAUAAGAAAGUAGAAUGCAAACGUGCACAGCCUAAAGAAGCUGUUCAAAGUGCUCUACUGGGAAAGAGAGUAGUUUUGGGUCCUCUGGGUGUCCGGGUAGGUGCAGCACCACCUCUAACCCCUGCUGGACAGCUGGCUGCAGCACAGGUUCAUGUACAAGCUGCUGCCCAAGUGCAGAAUGCAGCAGCCCUGGCCGGUUACGGAAAACUCUUCGGAGCAUACCCAGCACUGGCAAGUUACCGCUAUGCUCCGUACCCCUUACCAGCUGCCGCAGCCGCUCCUGCUCCGGCUCCUACUACUGCAGCCGCAGCCGCCGCUGCUGCUGCCACACCGGCCCUGGCUCCUCCGACUGCUUUACCAGCCAACCCCUACCAGGGCUACAGUCUGACCAACGUCGAUAUGUCGAGCUUCCAAGGUGUGGACUGGGGGUCCAUGUACGGAAUGGGAAUGUACGUCUGAAGUGUGCCAUUCCUUGCAAUUUGCUACAGGAGGUUUUGUAAAAUUGUAGUGCGAGUGUGACUUGUGAGCGUCAGCUCCCUAUCCUGUAACCUUUAAUCUUUUUUUUAGAAGAAAUUGUGAAUAGCAAGUGAAUAGUGGUGCCACUUUUGGUCUAGGAAAAAAGUAGAAAAAUUAUUAGUACCCUCCCCCACUCCACCCUACCCAGAUUCCUUCUUGUUACAGGCACAAUAUUGCAUGCCCGCUUGCUCACAAUACUGUUCCAACAUGGACUGAUGAGCAUCCCUAGCAUUAAGCAAUAACUUGCAAUAAGCAGUAUUAUUGUCGUCUUGAUAAACAUCUUCCUCUGUAACUCAUUCAGAUGGAGAAUCCUCCUAUGGAACACUGUCUGCAUGCAAGGCAAAGCCCAAAAUUUGAUAUCAGCACUGUAACGGAGGAGUGAGGUCUUCUGAUAUGAAAGUGACAGCAGCCCACAUGGGCUGUAAGAUAACUCUUAUUAAAGGCUGCUUUUCAGUGUCAAAUUGCGUUUAGGGUCUGGUAUGUGCAAUGGUAAUUAAUUACCAUCGCUAAAUUUGAUAAGAAAAAUAACUAUCUUUUGAGUAAAAAUUAAAAUGCCAUCGUGAUAGAUUCUUCCAUUUGAGAAGUAUUAACAGAUCUCGAAGCCUUUUGUUCUUUGUUGCCACUUUAAAGAGGCACAGUGGCAUAACAACAAAGUAUUUGCAUUUACCUGUGGGGGCAUGUUUUGAAAUUUCUUUGAAACUUUUUGUGCCAGCAAAAACUUAAAUCCUGUUGAUCCAACAGCUGCAGCUUAUAAAUCUUGCUAAAUGAGACUGUUUCCCUUGAAAGAACUGCAAGUUGCAGUAUCUAGUCAGGAGGCUGAAGUGGCCUCGCACUUCCCACAUUAUCUCUCAUCUAAGCAUAAGUAAUUGUAAUUGUAAUGUGUCCCAUCGAUGUUCCACAGUGAAUUUAGUGUAGAAUAGUUCUAUUGGAGGACUGAGUAUUAUUUAUGUACCAACCGAAAUUGUUUGUUGUUCAAAUGUAAAAAAAUCUUACAUACGUACAUUUGUUCAUUCACCUGUCAACAUUCCAUAGUUCAUGUACCAUGUCAAAAUUACAUGAGGGACUUGUGUAUCUCUCAUUAUUAUGCAUCGAUUUUUCAACAUGUGAGAUUUGCGGACCAAUAAUUAACAGGAGCUCCGACUGUUCCUGCAGUGAAACUAAGAGCAUGUAUGCUGCCUUUUUAUUACUCCCCUGGGAGUAAUUUCUCCAUGCUGUCUGUUCCCUGAGGGCAGGUAUUGAAAUGUUACUAGUUGCUUUAAGGUUACUAAUAUUUAUUUGUAAGAAUAUAUUUUAUUUUCCUGUGUUCAUUUUUUAAAUUUUUUUAAGUAUGUGGUUAAGAGAUGUCGCCAAAUUGAAAAGUGGAAUAACUACUUUAAGUUCCUACCAUUUUGUUUUUACUGAACUGAUGUUUUGAUGUUCCCAGUGCUUGUAGGGUUUGCUCUUAGUUUCGCCUGCAUCAUAAGAUGACAGUGGAAAUUGUAGGCAUAAUUUGAAAUGCCUGCAGGUCACAAAUGUAUGGUCACAAGUGUGCUUUGCCUCUAUAGAGGUUAAAAUUUUUUUGAGUGUUAAAUCCUUUUGUAAUACUGUAGAUACAACUGCCUACAUGAAAAUCAGGAACUGCAGGUAUUAUUACUCUGUGUAUACAUGAUAGUCUUUCCCAACUCUGAAGUACUUUUUGAACAUUCUCUGCAAAACCCAAGACAUGGACUUCUACAGCCCAUGAUCACAGUUAUAGGAAAACUUACCAGCAAUUUUGGUUUAACUUAAAACUUCAUUUGUUAGCUUUACAGGUGUAGAUAAACAAUGUAAUACAUUGUUUUCUGUGUCAGGUUGUGUUGUGAUGAUAUGUAUGUUUUCUUGCAAAGUGUGACCAGUAAUGUAAUUUGUUCUUUAACGAAAAAAAAGCGUUCUGUAUGUUCUUUUGUAGUGAUAAUUCAAAGACUGAGGCAGGUGUUUCUUACGAAUAUAUGUAUAGUUGAAGUUUUUGUUUGUAUCCUAGAAUGGAUGUAAGACUGGAUGCUAAUCAAGCAGCCAGCUUUCAUAGGGUAAGAUAAAGGGUUUUCGCAGAGAAUUAAUCCCAAGCAGAAGGGAGAUAUGAGUACAUUUGUGAUAUAAUUUAUAAGCUUGUUAAGCUUAACAAGUAAUUUAAUUUAUCAUUAAAAGUUAAAUUUAUUUUCCAUGGUGCCAUUUACCAUGCUCAUAACUCCGAUAUUAAUGGUUAUAUCUACUCUUUGUUCAUAUGUUCCUUUUGCUUGGGUGACAAUACCCUUUUAUAAUAUUAAAACAGCAAUAAGUGUUUUAAGGAAAGAAAGGAUGAAACCCUCUAUUUUUGUAUUUAAUUCUAAAUGAUAAGAGCAAAUAAAGUUUGUAUUUUUUCUUUGAAAGUCUCUCUUGUGGUGUUCAUGCAGGCACCACAAUGAAGGAAAAUAUUUUAAAAGAGAGGGUUGGUCUGAAAACAGAAAAACAACAAAAAACAGAACUAUGUACUCCUUAUCCUUACUUCUACUAGUUAUUUCUGUUUUUGGUGGUUUGUCGUAUUUUAAAAGUUGUAGUAAUAAGUACACUUUACUAGUUCCUUAGUGUUAGAUGUUUUUUGUAGUCUGUGUGUAGUAGUAGUGGGGCUGGAUGGACUGCCAUCUGGUAGCAAAUACUUGCACUUGUAGAGCAGUUCUGAAUAAAGUAGUUUCAUAGUAGACCAGCUGCUUGAUGGUAUUAUUCCUUACUUGUAUUUUUGCUUGGUUGGCCUGGAACUUAACUGUUUUCAGCUUUGGAAGUUGGGGGAGAGAGUGGUUGAAAGGAGUUACUGCUAUUAACCAAUCACUGCUUUACUGUGAUGUUGUGACAGAAGUCAUUGCCUACACUCCUUCUAUGUGUAUGGCAUUAGUGUUUUUGCAGCUGAGGACGACCAGUUGUAGCUCCCCAAAAACAUGUGUAAUAAAAUACAUUGGUUCAGUGCCUUACAAAGAUGUACUGACAAAUAUGCAUGGCAUCGAUUAUAGGGUCAGAUCCUCAGUGCAAUUAAGCUAUGACCUCCAUCUCUGUGUAAAACCUGCAUCCUGUUGUAACUAAUCUUUUGUGUAGGUUUUGAAGUGCGGAGCAUGCCUAACAUGGAUCUGAAACUAAUGUGUAUUUGUUUCUCACAUGCAGCCUCAAAACAAUAUCCCUGUUGUGACUUCACUCAGUGCUUAAAAGAAAUCGUGCAGUGUCUUCGUAAAUUGCCUGUUGCUGAGAUGUGCUCAGGGAUAACAGCAGGCAUGUGCUAAUCCUAGAGUAGAUGCCUCCUGUUAAUCCUGAUAAAACUCCUUGAAACACUCGACUCCAACAAAAUUUUUAAAUUUUUCACUGGAUGCACUCGGCAACUGUAGUUUCCUAUCAAGUUUUUUGGUGUGCGAGAAUUAAUUUAUUGAUGGAUGGCGUGUACCGCAGUUGGAUCUCGACACGGAGUUUGCACUCAGUUUUAACAUAAAAUAAUUUGAGUAUCCCUGGUGUCAUGUGUGCGUUGUUCACUGUACUGAUAGUAGCUGUACUUUGUUUUUCAAGCCUUGUCAUUUCGGGGAUAGUUUUGUUUUCCUUUGUGUGCGUACUGCUUUUAGUUUUACAAAACCUCACUAAACCUGGCUUCCAAAUACUUGCGUUUGGCAAAUAGGGGUUCUCCCUGUAAAAUAGUAGACCCGAGUAUUGCCAGCAAAAUAUGCAGUGUAUGUAUUGAUGGUAGCAUGUAUAAUAAACGCAGGGAAGGGGAUUACAAUUGCAGUAUGGGUACUGCUGUACUUAAAACAUUCAUUUACCCUACACGGUAGCUGAGGGUAAAAACUAAGUGUGACAGUAUUCAGCACUUAACGUUUUUUGUUAAGUGCUUCAAACACUUUUCUUGCACCUUCUCAUAUAUAUUUUUUUUUCUAGCACAAUGAAUUUUUGUUAUUGCUGCUCCCAUUAUUGCUGGAAAUCCUGUAGAGCACUUUAAUUAAAUUUUUGAUAUGCUUUUAUGUUUUUUAAAGAGUACAGAUUUCUGAUUAUUUGAAGUAUGACUUGCUCACAACUUACUCGGUUAUUAGGUUAGUUUAUUAAAUGGAGUACAACAAUGGGCAAUCAACAAGUUAAGCUUCAUACAUGCUAACCUGCAUAUCAAGAGCAGGUCUUACAAUGCUACGUUGAUGUGCACGACCAGAGAAGCUUUUGGACUGCUGUACUUACCAAGCUCAUUAGUAAGAGCACAGCUUCUACAUCCAUAUUUAGUAGAAGUGAGUGUAAUUUUCAUAACAGUCUCAAAAUGUCAGCCUGAGUUUUUGGCUACUGCGUAACAAAGAGCGCUCGUUUGCAUGAGAGACUGCUAUAUAAGAAAUGGUGGUGUGGGAUGUUGUUGGUGGUUAAGUAAUAAGCUUCAGCUCAUAAAACAGAAGAGAACCGUUGUUAACCAUUACGUUAAAUUGUCAGAAUUUCACUGCUGUUUGUUGUGCAUGUCAGCGUAGUAAUAGAUCUCAUUUAGGCUGUUAGGAAAUACAUAAAUAUCUAGUAUUACCUGUUAAGUGUAGUUUGUAGUGAAUCGGAAGUAUUGUGCAGUUAUAGUUGAGCUACACAGAGGCUUGAAUAAUUAAAGCUUAGAAAUUGAUUUGUGUAGAAUGAAAAAUUCUCAUGGAACACUCAACUCGAUAUACAUAACAAAAUGAUAAAAGUUCAAAAGUGUUCACUGGAUGUGCUAUGAUCUGGGGAAAAACACGAAGUACUCACAUUUAGUGAAGAGGGUACACAGCAGUUGCUGUUGUAGUACCUGGCUUAAGACUGAAAUUUUAAUUUGGGAGUAGUUUAAUACCAAGAGUUCGGCCUAAGAUUAAAAUUCUUUGUCACCUUUUAGAUAUAAAAAAUAUCUUGGGACACAAGCUUGUUAAAGGGCCCCAGAAGGAAAUAAUUCCAUGAAAGAUGGAAGAUAUUUAUAAUGACUACAGCAGAAAUGUGGUUUGUAUGAAAUCACCUCUGCAAAAAAAAGGGAUACGAAACUUUGGUGUCAGCAGCUAACUGCAUGUGGCCUAAAAUAGGUGUCCCU